UCGGUAUCAACUCGAGUAGCUCGAGCUCGAGCUCGACUCGACUAACAUCGAGUCGAUUUCGAGUAAUCUUCGAGCCGAUCCCGAGUAGCUCGCGAGCUAGCUCGACUCACUUACACCCCUAUUUCCGCUAUUAGCACAAUGGUAAAGUUAAAAUUUUGAAAUAAUUUUAGUUUCCUGUGAAAUGAGCUCUACAGUAUGUUGAAUUAGACUAGGGAAGCCUCUCCCUAUCCACCCAACCCAUCACAAUUAAUGAUUCUCGAAAUCUAUCAGCAAGUAUGGCCUCCCAGCUGCACAACUUGUGCAAACACGCUACACCACAACCAAAUAUCAAUAUAUAAAUGAGACAACAAGUGCUGAUCGAUUAGAUGAGACAGCAAAAGGCAUGGCGGAGAUGAAGGUGAGCUUGAAGCUGUUGAUCGACACAGGAGCCAAGAGAGUGCUGUUCGCGGAGGCCGGCAAGGACUGCGUCGAUUUCCUCUUCCACAUCCUGUCUCUGCCGGUCGCCACCAUCAUCCGCCUGCUCCAAGCCCAAGGAAUGGUGGGAUCUCUCCCCAACCUCUACAAAAGCUUGGAGUCUCUCAACGACACCUACAUACAGCCGGACAAGAGCAAGGACACCUUCCUCAAACCGGCGCCGCCGGUCUCCAGUUCUUCCGUCCCGCUACUGGCCCUCAAAGAUCCACUCAUCCAAAAGAAUUUUUACAAGUGCGCUCACUGCAACUGCCAUGUCUCCGACGACCCGACCGCGGUCUGCCCCAAAUGCGGCCGGAAAAUGACCGCGAUCGUGGCGUACGUGGCUCCCCCCGCCGUGCAAGUGGCGUCGGAAGACGGCGGGAUUGUGAAGGGGGUGGUGACGUACAUGGUGAUGGACGAUUUGGUGGUGAAGCCUAUGUCUACUAUCUCCAGCAUUACUCUGCUCAACAAGUUCAACGUUAAGGAGGUUGGUGCUCUCGAGGAAAAGGUUGUCAAUUUGGGAAUGAAGGAGGCUAUAAUGUUGUUGAAGACUUCUCUACAGAGUCAGAAGGUUUUGACGGAUGUGUUCUGCUAGAUGAAGCAUCUCUUCUCCAUUUUCUCGUUUUGUGUUUAGUUACCAGUGGGUUGGCAAACUAUGAACCUCUGAGUUCAAUGUUAUGUCAUGUAUGUAGGUAUUUAUCUAUGCGCAGUCUGUUUCGUCCAUGACUCCAUGGGAAUUCUGUUUAAUUAGAACUAGCGUGUUUAUAGUUAAGCUUCUGCAUUUCUAUUUUGUUUUAGAAAAUUCUCAUGACUGAUUGUUCUCCAAUUCAGUUAGUCUGUAAUGUAUAUAGUGUGAUUUUAGUAGACACAAAGACUAGAUUAACUUUCCCUCAAAAAAAGAAGACUAGAUUAUUGGCUUCCC